AAAAAAUCCCUUCUCCAUGUCUUAUUUCUCCCUCCUCUACUAAUUACCCUCGUCCUCCCUUCGUCCACGGUCAGUGUUACCUCCAAGGUAAACUAGGCGAAGGCCCGUUCUGCGCGAAAACCGCGAUUGGUUCGCAAGUUUCGGUACAGUUCCCUCGCAGAUCGGUAUUAUCUAACAGUAGUUGCAUCCAUGCAAUACAACAAACACACAGCUAGAAAGUGAACGCGAGUGAAAAUGUAUUCAAGAACCGGCGAAACAGUCGUCGACAUAACACUUCCAGACCCGGCGAAGGUUGUUCACAUCGCCAGAGAUCGAUUCGAAGAAGGCAAAACCAAACCGAUCAAAUUCCGGAAGAAGCAGCUCAAUAACCUCCUCAAGUUCGUACAGGAGAAUGAAGACGCUAUCCUGGAAGCCCUUUACCAGGACUUCAAGAAACCCAAACAAGAAGCGGUGUGCUACGAAAUCGGUCCGGUGGUCAAGGAAGCCAAACAUGCCAUCAACCAUAUGGACGAGUGGACGAAACCAGAGAAACCCAAAAAAUCGCUGGUUAAUUUUAUGGAUGGGGUGAUGAUUUAUAAUGAUCCGUAUGGGGUUGUGCUAGUCAUGGGUGCCUGGAAUUAUCCCCUGAUGCUGGUACUGAUGCCUGUUAUCGGUGCUAUAGCAGCCGGCAAUUGCGUUGUAAUCAAACCCUCGGACCUCUCUCCUGCUACAAGUCAACUCAUUUAUAAACUGCUCCCCAACUAUUUGGAUCCUGAGUGCUAUCCUGUAUACUUGGGUGGAGUUAAAGAAACAACUGAAUUACUUAAAGAAAAAUUCGAUUAUAUUUUCUACACAGGCUCCACCUCUGUAGGCCAAAUCGUCCACAAAGCAGCCAAUAAGCAUCUCACACCUGUCACAUUAGAAUUGGGCGGCAAAAGCCCCGCCUACAUUGACAACUCGGCCGAUAUUGCCAAAACUGUGAAACGUAUUUUAUGGGGAAAAUGCAUAAACUCGGGCCAGACUUGCAUCGCCCCUGACUAUAUUUUAUGCACUAAAGAAGUGCAAGAAAAGUUCGUCAAAUAUGCACAAAAGGCUCUUUUGGAGUUUUACGGUAGUGACAUUAAAGAUAGUAAUGAUUAUUGUCGGAUUAUCACUGAUAGACAUUUCGAGAGAUUGAUUGGUCUUUUGCCCGGCCUUAAGAUCGCCGUUGGGGGACGCUACGAGCAAAAAGAGAGAUUUAUGGAGCCCACAAUCGCUAUAGAUGUCAACCCCAAUCACGCCAUAAUGCAAGAGGAGAUUUUCGGUCCUAUUUUACCCAUUAUUCCAGUAAAUAGUAUAGAUGAAGCUAUCACUUUUAUCAAUCGCAGGAACAAACCCCUCGCUUUGUAUAUUUUCUCAACCAGAAAACACGACCGGGAAACACUCCUCUCGAAGACCUCCAGUGGUGGAGUUUGUGUCAAUGAUACAAUCCUCCAUGCUUCAGUCGAUGUUUUACCAUUUGGUGGUGUUGGGACAAGUGGUAUGGGUUGUUAUCAUGGAAAAAAAACAUUUGAUACUUUUACACACAAAAAGAGUGUUCUAGUUAGGGAUUUUCAAGCCAUUCCGGAGAAAAUCAUGGCGAGUAGGUACCCGCCGUACUCGAAUUCGAAAAUUUCUUUAAUUCAGAUGGCCCUAGAAGAGCGGAAAAGGGUCUCAUUGAAAUACUUGCCACAUUUUGUGAUGUUUCUGUUAGGGAUAGGAAUCACAAUCGCGGUUUAUUUUUUGUACCUGUAUGUGGAAGUCUAAUGUGAUUUUGGUGAUAAGAGGUGUCCUAGGUUAGGUUUAAUAACAAAUAAAAGAUUUUUUUAAUUUUA